CGUUCUAAAAGGAGUGCGGACCAAACUCAAAGCAUGAAAGUCUCAGAACCAAACUGUAGGUCAAUACUGCAUCAGCGAGGAUGUUUUGACCACUAUAUUUUAUUUUUUAAAGACCUUUUGGCUCGGAACAUUUAUUUCUAAUGGCACAUUCCAGAUUCUUACACUCACCCCUGACGCGUGUCUCUGAGGCUUGAAAGAAAAGGAACCAGACUUUUUCCAAGAGAGAGAGAGGGAACCAGAGGGAGAGGGAGGUUGGGGCAGAGUCCGUAGUGGAGUGUGUUUCAAGGAAAAUCGAGGGCGUUCAAGAAGAAAGAAGAAAAUGGGACCUCAGUUCUCCGUUGUCGUUAUGUUGUGUCUGUGUUCUCUUGGUUUUUGUGCUCCACCAACGCAGCAAUCUGUGGCGGCGAUGAAAAAGGCAAGAGGUGAUGUUCCUGAUCAGCUUCCAGAGCCAGAACCCGAGCCCACCAGCCAGUUGUCGGACUUUGAGAACACAUACAACUACAUCUUGUCCAGACUGGCAGACAUGGACCAGGCUAUUCAUAAGUUGAAUGUUGGCCACUACACCCUGGACGUCAAAGUCUCCCAGAUGGGGGACCGCUUAUCCCGGAUAGAUGGCAAAGUAGUAGAGCUGGAGGACAUCAUCCAUGAUCUGGACAAGUACAGCAAAGACAAUCGUAAGGAGAUGGGGCGACUGGAAGGAUGCCAGAAAGGGCGCCGGGUGGGCUACAAGUGUUACCUGGUCUACAGAAACUUUGAGGACUAUGCGGGGGCGUCACGCAAGUGCAUGGAGCGCGGUGGCCGCCUGGCCAUGCCCCGCGACCGCAGGGAGCAGGAGGCGGUGGCAGACUACGUGAAGGCCUUCUACCAGACCGGGAACUGGCCUGUGUGGCUGGGCGUCAACGACCUGCUCUCGGAGGGCAUGUACCUGUUCGACGACGGCACGCGCGUCUCCUACUUCCAGUGGCGCAAACACUUCCUGUCCAGCCAGCCGGACGGCGGCAGGCGGGAGAACUGCGUGGCGAUGUCAUCGGACGACGGUGACUGGUGGGACCAUUACUGCGACCGCAACAUGGGCUACCUCUGCGAGUUCGACGACAGGGUGGCCCUUUAGAGUAGGAGGGACCGUGUAUCACCAUUUUACGUGUUUUACUUGAUCCAAGUGUUGUGGCCCCUGAGGAAGCAGGAAUGUUGGUGGUUGGUUAAAUAGGAGGUUUGCUUUUUAUGAUUGACUUUUUCUUUUUGAGAUAGAAAUAUCAUAACAUCACAUCAAAUAAAUACAUAAAUUAAGUUUGGUGUUGUGUUACAAUGCACAUAUUAAGUAUGAAAUGAGCUACCCAUAUCUUCAAAAGUUUUAAAAUAACAUUUCAAGAGGCCUUUUGACAUUAAUAUUAAUCAAGGCUCUGUCCCAACAUUAUUCUUCUCCACCCUCUAUGUAUGCAGUAUAUUGUUAAAAUGACAUCAUCAGUAUCAUAUGCGCACAAUGCUAGAGUGUUGUUAUUACAUCUGUAGCUUAAAAUCAUGCACAAUGUUAAAACCUGCACUCUUAGCUUUUUUUAAUGAAGUUACAUGAACAUUCCCAAUUUGAAUAAAAUUGUGUCAGGAAAUAGUCUGGUCCACAAUAACUCUUUAAGAUUUUACUUUUAUGAAGAGCAAUAACCCAGGAUUCCACAUUUGUGUGGUUGCUGCCCUCUACAGUUAAUUUGUUUUUUAAGGUUUAGACCAUUUCAAGGUUAAACCAAAAGGAAACUGCUAAUAUAGCUAAGCAGAAAUAAAGUCAGGUCUAAACUUUCAUAUUUUUUUAAUUGUAUUCAAUUUUAAAUUAUUAAAAUACAUAAAUAUAUCACUUGGUUUAUUCAUAAAAGGUGACAUAAGCAUAAAUGUUUUAGCAAGAACAUAAGAUACAUGAAUACAAAUAGAUACAAACAUUUCAUGGACUUUGAUGGUGCGAAGUGAUUAUCAUGAGAAUGCAGUGAAAUCACUAAUGUGUUUAUAUUUUGAUUUAGCGAGUUACUCAUUAUAUGGAAAACAUUGUUAAAAAUGAUUGAUUUGCUGUCAUAAUGCAUGCAUAAUGCAUAACAUCAAAGACUUAACAUAUAUUGUUUCGGAAUGCACUGUAUUAAAGACUGUUUACGUUUCUUGAUUCUAUUGUCAUCAAUUUCACAAAGAUGUUUUUUUUUUUUUUUUUUGACAAAAUACCUUGCCAUUUCAAUAAAAUUCAACUGACUAUUACAAGG